UCAUUUCAAGAUGGCGGAUUAACAACAGUCGAACGGCUUCAUUUUCAACGCAAGACCCGUAGUUGACAUGGCAGACAAAAAAGGGAAAUCUGUGGGGGUGAAGAGGACACUAACAAAAAGAGAGCAGGAGGAAAUCAAGAAAAAGGAGGAGGAGAAAGCUGCCGAAGUCUUUGAAGAAUUUUUAGCUUCUUUUGACUCGAAUGACAAGAGUAAUGUGAAGACGUUUGUACGUGGUGGUAUUGUGAAUGCAACGAAAGAGGAAGAAGCUGCGGAGGUGAAGAAGAGCAAACUCUACAGACCCGCCACUAAAUUCACUCCUCCGUCUCAGAAUGCUUCUCCUGCUUCAUCUGCAGACAUUAGAAAAACAGCCGCUAAAAAGAAAGUGGAGGAGAAGAAGAAGAGUAAUCUGGAGCUUUUUAAAGAAGAGCUUAAACAAAUACAAGAGGAAAGAGAAGAGAGAUACAAAAGAAAGAAAGGAGACUCUGGAGGAGUGUAUCCUGAUGUGGAUUUACCUUUGACACGGCGAUCAAUAUUCGAUGAUGAUCCUGCAGUGCCAAACACAACAAACCUGUACAUCGGCUGCAUCAACCCCAAGAUGACGGAGGAGAUGCUCUGUAAAGAGUUUGGCAAAUACGGCCCUCUUGCCAGUGUGAAGAUUAUGUGGCCUCGCACAGAGGAAGAGAGAACUAGGGUCACCAACCGCGGUUUUGUUGCCUUCAUGACACGAAAAGAUGCAGAACGUGCUUUGGCUGCCCUGGAUGGUAAGACGAUAAUGGGUUUUGAAAUGAAGUUGGGUUGGGGGAAAGCAGUACGCAUUCCCCCGCAGCCUCUUUAUACUCCCAUUGGCGUGCUGAAGACCACAGCCCCCCCUCCACCAUCUGGACUGCCAUUCAAUGCCCAACCCAGAGACCGCUUCAGGAAUGACUUCACCAAACCCCGAAGCCGCUCGCAGGAAGACUUCUACAAGACUCUGUCCGAGGCCGUAGUGACAGUGGUAAUCCCCCCAGAAAGGAACCUGCUGGGCUUGAUACACAGAAUGAUUGAGUUUGUGGUGAGAGAGGGACCCAUGUUUGAGGCCAUCAUCAUGAGCCGGGAGAAGAGCAACGCUGACUUUAGGUUUUUGUUUGAUAACAAGAGUCAGGAGCAUGUGUACUACAGGUGGAAGCUGUACUCUAUUCUACAGGGCGAAAACCCAAAUAAAUGGAGAACGACAUCUUUUAGAAUGUUUAGGGGGGGCUCGCUGUGGAAGCCUCCCGUUCUUACUCCAUAUCUCCAUGGAGACGAGGAUGUGGAAGAGAGCUCCUUCUCUAUUCAAGAAGAAGAGCCAAAGAAAGGGCAGCUGAAGGCAGAACACAGAGAGAGGUUAGAGUCCCUGCUGAGAGGUCUGACUCCACGCAGAGAUGAGAUCGGAGAUGCGAUGUUGUUCUGUCUGGAGAGAGCAGAGGCUGCAGAGGAGGUCGUCUCCUGCAUCACAGAGUCUCUGUCACUGCUACACACGCCACUACAGAAGAAGAUUGCCAGACUUUACCUGAUAUCUGACAUCCUCUACAACUCCUGUGCCAAAGUUUCCAAUGCAUCAUAUUACCGCAAAUUUUUUGAGACAAAGCUGCCUGAGAUAUUUGGGGACUUGAGUGAAUCAUAUCGGAACAUCCAGGCCAGACUCCAGGCAGAGCAGUUUAAGCAAAGGAUCAUGGGAUGUUUCCGUGCGUGGGAGGACUGGGCAAUUUAUCCAGAUUCCUUCCUGAUCCAACUGCAGAACAUAUUCCUGGGGCUCAUUAAACCUGGAGAGGAGGUGAUCGAAAGGCCGGAGCCUGGAUCUCCAGACCUGGAUGGGGCGCCUUUGGAUGGUGUUCCUCUAGAAAGAAGUGAAAUUGAUGGAAUGCCCCUUGAGGACCUUGAUGGCUCACCCUUAACCUGGGAUCCAGCCUCCAUCGACGGAAUACCGGUUGAUGACAUUGAUGGUGUUCCUCUGGAAAUCCCAAUAGAUGACAUCGAUGGCGUGCCUUUGGAUGAAAAGUCUUUACCCAGUGUUGCACUGUCUAAAUGGGAGAAGGUGGAAGAUUCAGAGUCAUCAGCAAAGAACGUCUCUGAGCUGAAUUCAAGCGGCCUUAAAGAGAAUGAAGGUGAAUCUGACAUGAGCAGCGAUGAUGCUGACAGUCCAAGCAGGUUCGAGGGGGCAGAGUUUAAGUCUUCUAUGAAAAACUUUGAGUUGUCUGAAAGCAAAAGGACACACCUCAGAGAGCUGGAGGUGAAGGUGAUGAAGUUUCAGGAUGAAUUAGAGUCGGGGAAAAGACAAAAGAAGUCAAGUGUGAGUCUUCAACAACAAGUUCAGCACUACAGAAACAGACUACUACAGAAGGAGUUUGAUAAGGACAUCCUAGAAAAGAGAGACAAAUGGUCACAGAAACCAAAAGAAAGGCCCAAAAAAGACGAGCGGAGAGACAAAGGGGAGGACAGGAGUAAAACACGGGAUAAAGAGAAGAGUAGAAAGAGUGAAGACAGAGAGAGGAGUAGGGGACAGAGUCGAGACAAAGACGACAGGAGAGAGAAAACAAGAUCUCGAUCACCGAAGAAGUCCAAGCGAUCACCAUCUCCGCAGCACAAAUCCUGGAGGUCAUCGUCCCGAUCACCACAUCGCUCACACAAAAAGUCCAAGAAGAGCAAACACUGAACUCGAAGCCUUUGACCUCUGCAGUCGUCUCAUAACGCAUACUGGCAGAGCCUGAGGGAUGCUUUUGUCUCGCACAACCGCAUUUCUGUUCCACAGUGCUUUGAAGGAAGGACUGGACAAUCCCAUUUGCUUCCAGAACAGUUUUCUAUGUGGCUGCUGCAAUCACGACCCUGGGCUUGGCUGAAAUUUUCUAAGAUGAAGUGUGAACUUGUACAGAUCUUAUUUUUGUUUUGUAAACGGUUUUAUUUGUGUUAUCUUCUCAUUUUGUUUUAAAUCAAGUGUUUAAAAAAGCUGCAAGAUGGACACCUCCACUACCCAACCUUUACAAUAAAAACAUUUGUGGAAGGACAA